AUGGCUCGAGAGGUUAUCCUUAAACUGGAUCGGUGGCUGAAGGCCGAGGAAGCCACUACGCUUGAAGAGGUAAAAGGAGUUAUACAGAUGGAACAAUUUAUGAGCCAAAUGCCCCUCAGUGUAAGAUGUGAGCUCGCAUCACACGACGUGAAAGACGUGAUGGAAGCCGGACGCAGAGCUGACAAGUACUGUGCGGUCCGUGGGAUGAACGGAGAUGAACACCAUGAAGGGAGAAAGCCAUUCUCCAGCAGAAAUGAUGGUCAUCAGAGAUAUAAGAAUGACAGUCAGAUGAGCUCGACAUCAGUCCACAGAUCAAACCAGCCCCGCCCUAACAACUAUAGUUUUCCCCACACUUACACCAUGCCCCCGCCAGCCGACCACAACAUGAGGUCUGCGCCCUAUGGGAGUAGGCCCAGGAGCAUUACCUAUUACCAGAAGGGUAGUGGGGAUGAAGGUGCAGUUAAGUGCCUUGGAUGUGGAAGUAGCGGGCAUAGGAAGUUCCAGUGUCCGAAGGGACGGCCGAAGCCAGUGGGAGCAGUUGCCGCCCAAAGAGACCUGAUAAAGUAUGUGGAGAAUAUGAAUGCAGAGAUACAAGAGGAGCCGCCGAAAGAUGAGGGCUUUGAGCACUUCACUAGUAAGGGCACAGUGAAAGUGGAGGGAAGCCCAGAGAAGGUGAUCAGAAUCCUUCGGGAUACGGGAGCUAACCAGAGUCUGAUCUUAAGUAGUGUACUCCCAUGGAAUGAGGAGACCAGCACUGGCAGAGAGGUCUCAUGCAAGGGUGCAGGGGGCCAGUUCAGUAUUCCCCUGCACAAAGUUUGGCUGGACUGUGGAUACGUCACUGGAGAGGUGACGGUGGGAGUGAAGGAGGCACUGCCCGUAGAUGGAGUGGAUAUGCUGGUUGGGAACGACCUGGCUGGAGGUCGAGUUAUCCCUAAACUUCAGAUGGUAGACAAUCCUCUGAUAGGGAUGACGGAAACCACCACUCCAGCAGCAGUCCCUCACUCAACAGAUGGGGAGGCAGAGGUGCCUGAAUUGUUCCCAGUCUGCGCAGUGACCCGAGCGAUGGCCCGGAAGGAACGCAUGGACACCGAGGGAGCAACGCAGGAGGACGAAGGCCUGGGCGUUCUGUUUGAGGAACCUGAUGAAAAAGGAACUAACCCGGAGUGCGCGAGUGGUGGACCGGUUGUAGGUCAGGUGGGGCCCAACCUUGAUUUUCUGGUAGAAAAGAACGAGUUGAUAAAAGUUCAGGAGAGUGAUGAAAGCUUGAAGUCUGCUUGGAAUGAGGCUAACAGGCUGGGUGAGCUUGACAAUGAGUACGUGGGCUACUACGUGAAUAACGGGGUAUUAAUGAGAAGUUGGAGGCCCCUGACAGCCCCAACCUCCGAUCACUGGAUGGUAAAAGGGCAGAUUGUGGUGCCAUGGGUGUAUAGGAAGAAAAUUUUGGAGAUGGCACACGAAGGUAAUCUGGCAGGACACCUGGGGGUCAGAAAAACCCUAAGAAAGAUCCUGUGUCAUUUUUACUGGCCCAGAGUGAGAGGUGAUGUGAAAGAGUUUUGUAAAACUUGUGGUUUGUGUCAGAAGGUGGGCAAGCCGAACCAGGUGAUUCGCCCUGCCCCCCUUCACCCUAUACCUGUGGUCGAGGAACCAUUCAGUAAGGUGGUGAUAGACUGUGUAGGUCCUUUACCAAGGACCCGGAGGGGGAACCAGUACUUGCUGACUAUUAUGUGUAUGUCAUCCAGGUUUCCUGAGGCCAUUCCCCUCAGGAGUAUAAACUCUAAAAACAUUGUGAGGGAACUGGUGAAAUUUUUCUCCUGGGUGGGAAUCCCUAAGGUGUUGCAGUCAGACCAGGGAAGUAAUUUCACUUCUCGUGCGUUCAAGGAAAUCCUAAGGGGUCUAAAGAUUGAACAGAGACUGUCGAGUGCUUAUCACCCUCAGUCUCAGGGUUGUGUAGAAAGAUUUCACCAAACUCUCAAAAACACUCUCAGGAUGUAUUGUGAGGAGAUGAGUGUUCAGUGGGAUGAGGACUAUAACUUAGAGAUUCACCAUGUGAAAGGCAGUGAGAAUAUUAUUGCUGAUGCCUUGUCCCGUGCACCACCUAGUCGUGAGGCAUCCUAA